UGUGGCCCUUCUCUUCUUGGUGCUUUGCCUGGUCUUCAGGGACCUUUCCUAGCAGUAAAUCCAAGCAUAGCACUCGUAGACAAAGAUAUAACCACUCGUUUUAAAUAGUACUUGUUAGGCUGCGGUGUGCGAACAUUACUUGCUUUCGACAGACCUCGAUAGACUGUCAGAGAGGCACAAACCUUCCCGGGGCGUCGACUGGCCAACAGGCAGAGAGAGCAUCAGUUCAUCCUUUCAUUGGCCGCUAACGUUAGCUUCAGAGGCAGCGGACAUAUCUGCAAAAUGUCGGGGUACCAAGGCAAGAAGAACAUCCCACGGAUUACAAGCGAUCGUCUCCUCAUCAAAGGAGCCAAGAUCGUGAACGAUGACCAGUCGUUCCUGGCCGAUAUCUACAUGGAGGACGGAGUCAUCAAGCAAUUAGGCGACAACCUGAUUGUCCCCGGCGGAGUUAAGAUCAUAGAGGCUCAUGGGAGAAUGGUGAUGCCCGGAGGGAUCGAUGUGCACACCCGGUUCCAGAUGCCUGACCGAGGCAUGGUGUCGGCAGACGACUUCUACCAGGGCACCAAGGCGGCACUGGCCGGGGGGACCACGAUGAUCAUCGACCACGUGGUGCCGGAGCCCGGUGUCAGCCUGGUCGCAGCUUUCAAACAGUGGAGGGAGUGGGCUGAUAGCAAGUGCUGCUGCGACUACUCCCUGCAUGUGGACAUCACCGAGUGGAACAAAAGCACUCCGGAAGAGAUGGAGGCCCUGGUGAAGGACCACGGUGUCAACUCUUUCCUGGUCUAUUUGGCUUAUAAGGAUGUUUUCCAACUUUCUGACUCUGAGAUCUACGAGGUGUUCAGCGUCAUCCGAGACCUCGGAGCCAUUGCGCAGGUGCAUGCUGAGAACGGAGACAUCAUUGCAGAGGAGCAGAGACGUAUUCUGGAGCUGGGGAUCUCAGGGCCUGAAGGCCAUGUGCUCAGCCGGCCAGAGGAGGUUGAGGCUGAGGCGGUCAACCGCUCCAUCACCAUUGCCAACCAGACCAACUGCCCCCUCUACGUCACCAAGGUGAUGAGCAAGAGUGCCGCUGAUGUCCUCGCCCUUGCAAGGAAAAGGGGUGCCGUGGUUUACGGGGAGCCCAUAUCGGCCAGCUUGGGCACAGAUGGGACUCAUUACUGGAGCAAGAACUGGGCCAAGGCGGCCGCCUACGUCACCUCUCCUCCGCUCAGUCCCGAUCCCACCACGCCCGACUACCUCAACUCUCUUCUGUCCUGUGGGGACCUGCAGGUGACCGGGAGUGCCCACUGCACAUACCAGACCUCUCAGCGUGCGAUAGGCAAAGAUAACUUCACUCUGAUCCCAGAGGGAACCAACGGCACUGAGGAGAGGAUGUCCCUGAUCUGGGACAAAUGUGUGGUGACUGGCAAGAUGGACGAGAACCAGUUCGUGGCGGUGACGAGCACGAACGCAGCCAAGAUCUUCAACCUGUUCCCCCGUAAGGGGCGCAUCGCCGUGGGCUCGGAUGCUGACCUGGUGCUGUGGGACCCGGACGUCACCAAGAUCAUCUCGGCCAAGAGCCACAACCUGGCUGUGGAGUACAACAUCUUCGAGGGCACGGAGGUGCGUGGUGGCCCAGUGGUGGUGAUCAGCCAGGGCAAGAUGGUGCUGGAGGAGGGCAGCCUGCACCCCACGGAGGGCUGCGGCCGCUACGUCAGCCGCAAGCCCUUCUCUGACCACGUGUACAAGAGGAUAAAGGCUCGCAGCAGGCUCACAGAGGUGCGAGGUGUCCCCCGGGGCCAGUACGACGGGCCGGUGUGUGAGGUGACUGUGACUCCCAAGCUGACCUCCACGGUCUCCGCGGUGAAGCCGGCUCCGGUGAAGCAGCCGCAGCAGCAGCAGCAGCAGCAGGUCACUCACCAGCCGGUCCGCAACCUGCACCAGUCCGGCUUCAGUCUGUCUGGAGCUCAAAUAGAUGACAACGUUCCUCGUCGCAACACUCAGCGCAUUGUGGCUCCGCCCGGUGGGAAAGCCAACAUCACCAGCCUGGGAUAAGUUCUCUCCUCUGCCGGGCCCGGGGGCUGCAGGGCUACGCUGGACCAGAGGCUGCUCUGACUGCUGGCCUCACAUCUGGUCACAUCUGCAUCCCCCACACACU